CAGCUAGCGCCGCAAAGAAUGUUGUACGUAAGAGCAAGGCUUUGCGGUAGAGGAAGUGGAACAUCGCAGCACGGAGAGUCUUUUCCGGUCUCUCAGCAGACAUGGCGAACCCGAUCAGUAAGAAAAGGAAGUUCGUCGCGGAUGGAGUCUUUAAGGCCGAACUCAAUGAGUUCCUUAGGAGAGAACUGGCCGAAGACGGCUACUCUGGCGUGGAAGUCCGGGUCACGCCGCAAAACACAGAGAUCAUCAUCCUAGCGACCCGGACCCAGUCCGUGCUCGGUGAGAAGGGACGAAGGAUCCGAGAACUUACCUCAGUCGUGCAGAAGAGGUUUAACUUCCCCGAAGGCACCGUGGAGCUGUAUGCAGAGAAGGUGGCAUCUCGUGGCCUCUGUGCCAUCGCCCAGUGCGAGUCCCUGCGCUACAAGCUGAUUGGAGGCUUGGCUGUGCGAAGAGCAUGCUAUGGUGUGCUUCGCUUCAUCAUGGAGAGCGGCGCCAAGGGCUGUGAGGUGGUGGUCUCUGGCAAGCUGCGUGGCCAGCGAGCCAAGUCCAUGAAGUUCGUGGAUGGGCUCAUGAUCCACAGUGGAGAGCCAACAAACGACUAUGUCGAGACUGCGGUGCGUCACGUGCUGCUGCGGCAAGGUGUCUUGGGAAUCAAAGUAAAGAUCAUGCUGCCGUGUGAUCCCAAUGGCAAGCUUGGUCCCAAGAGGCCACUCCCUGACCACGUCUCCAUCAUGGAGCCUAAGAAGGAGCCCAAGAAGGACGCGUCUGGCCUUGACUACGCUGAAAAGGCAGCUGGGGACAAGGCCGCUGCCCUGUCUGCCCCUGCCUAAGCAAUGGCUCUC